AUGGCACGCUGCGGGGAGGAGGACGCAGAGCGCACGCCCCCCGCAUCCCGGCCCGGCCGGGCGCUGAGCGGUGCCGUCCCGCAGGUGAAGCUCACCCAGGAGGUGCGGGUCCACCUCCUCGAGCAGCUCUCGGGCCUGCAGGGCAAGCAGCAGCGGGACGCCGAGCUGCUGGAGGACAUCAGGUCCUACAGCAAGCAGAGGGCCGCCAUUGACAGGGAGUACGGGCAGGCGCUGCAGAGGCUGGCGAGCCAGUUUAUGAAGAGAGACUGGCAACGGGGCCGGGGCGAGGCUGGCGACUCGAGGAACGCGGUCGCUGUCUGGAAGGGCAUCAUCGAGGGGACCGCGCACGCUGGGCAGGUCCGUGUCACCGCCUCAGAGAGCUACCGCACCCUCGCCGCGGAGGCUGCCCGGACCGCCCGUCUCUCCAAGGAGCAGAUGCUCAAGAAGGGCAUCGAGCAGCUGCAAAAGGCACAGGCGGAGCUGCUGGAGACGGUGAAGGAGCUGGACAAGGCGAAGAAGCAGUUCACCCACCUCCAGCGGAGCAGUGAGGUGGCCAAGGACAAGGCAGCCGACGUGGAGGCUCGGCUCCGGAAGAGUGACCGGAGGAUAUUUCACACCAAGGCCAGCCUGCAAAAACUCAGCGCCAAGUUCUCGGCACGGUUGGCCGAGCACUCGAGGCAGCUUGCAGGGGUGCAGAACGAGUACGGCUUCGCCCUGGUGUCUGCCACCGCCCACCUGGAGCAUUACCGGCGGGUAGAGCUGCCCGCCGCCAUGCAGGCGCUGGAUGGUGACCUCUACGAGCGGCUGCGGGAGCACUUGUCAGCGGCCAGCCGGACGGAGGUGGAGACCUGCCAGGCCACGCGGGACUGGUUCGAGGACGUUGCGGAGGCGUCCGUGCAGGUGUGCCGGGAGCAGGACCUCCUCCUCUUCCUGCAGGACCACCCCGCCUUUGCCCUGGCCCCCGAGCAGCGCUUCCAGCUUGCUGGGGUGUGUGCCGUGUGCCUGCUGCCACCGGGGGACGACGGGGCCAGCCUGGAGAAGGAGGCACGGCGAUGGGCCACGCGGGUGGCUCGGGACCACAAAAACAAGGUGCACAGCGAGGAGGUGCUGCAGUGGCUGGAGGCCAGGCGGCAGCAGGUCCCAGAGGCAGAGGUGGCCACCGUGGAGCGGCGGAUGGAAGAAGCAAGGGAAAACCUCCGGAAGGCAGAGGUCAGCCAGGUGAAGGCAGAGGCACGGCUGGCGCUGCUGCGGGCAGCAGGGCUGGACGUGGACGCUUGGCUGGCGGGGACCAUGGUGGCGGCAGGCAAGCAGGCGCCCGCAGGGCUGGAUCCAGCCGAGUUCGACGACUACGAGGACAGUGAUGAGCCGGAUGAGGACGACGAGCCCGGCCCCACUGCCCGCACCUACCCCUACACCUGCCGGGUGAUCUUCAGGUACCAGGGCUGCCAGACGGACGAGCUGUCCAUCACCCAGGGCGAGGAGCUGGAGGUCAUCGAGGACGGUGACGCGGAGGAGUGGGUGAAGGCUCGGAACAAGGCGGGCCAGGUCGGUUACGUCCCUGAAAAGUACCUGCUGUCCCUGGGCGGUGAGCCAGGGGCCGGGGCUGGCCCCCCAGAACCCUCUGCCCGGCACCGCCAGCUCUCCAGCAUCAUGGCUGCGGAGCUGGUGCUGGAGCCCGGAGCCUGGCUGGUGCGAGCCCUGUACGACUACGAGGGGCAGAGCCCCGAGGAGCUGAGCUUCCCUGAGGGGGCCAUCAUCCGGGUGCUGCCCCGUGCCCCUGGCGAGGUGGAUGAUGGCUUCUGGACGGGCGACUUUGACGGCCGCAUCGGUGUCUUCCCCUCCCUGGUGGUGGAGGAGCUCACCGGCGGCCAGGGAGCAGCCGAGCAGGAGCUGCCAUCACCGUCCCCGCCGCCCUUCUCCCCUCCCAGCCUUGUGCCUGGGACCAGCCUGGCCCCCAGCCCCUCUCCCGAAACGCCGCUGGGAGGUUGCAGGCAGGAUGGCACGGGCAGCGGGCAGAGGUCUCCGGACCUGCCAGCCACCCGCCUCCGGCCGCUCCGCGCGCCCCCUCCACCACCCUGCAGAGCUCCCGAGCCCGACCCUGAGCUGCACUUCAGCUGA